AUGGGAAGUGGCCACAUGCCUGAUGACAUUAUUAGAGAUUCCACGUACUUUCGACAGCUCCAGUGGAUUGAUGCGCAUGGUGAUUGCUCACCUCCUCCAUCGACAGAUAUGAGAGAGUGGGUGGAUAAGUCCAAGGUUAAGGAUAUGAAGAAUCAUCAUUCUGUCGAAGAUCCAGAUAUGGCCUACCUGAUUAGCUAUGGAGGUCCGGGAGAUAAUGAUGACACAGAGUUGGAAAGACAGAUUAAAUUUAUGGUUAAGGCAUCGAUCAAGACAAUUUCGACUGCGGAAAGAGAUGUCUAUGACUGUUUUGAUAUUGACAAACAACCGGCGCUUGAACAUCCUCUAUUGAAGGGACAUAAAGUUCAGAAAGAACCAAACUUACAUUUCAAAAGAUUUCAUAAAGCUCCUGCAAAUGUGAACGCUGCACAAUUGGGGUUGAAAGAACCUUGUCCAGUUGGAACAGUCCCGAUUCUUCGAGCAACGAAGGAAGUUUUGAAUAAGGAAAAGUCCUUGCUCAAGAUUCCAUCCUUAGCUGCUAUGAAGCAAAAUGCUCCUUCUAGUCAACAUGUGGUCUCUUUGGUAGACAACAAGAUAAGAAAUGUUAAAUUCGGUAUUUACGCCAGUUUGUCCAUAUAUAAUCUAACUGUUGCUCAUGAUCAGUUUAGUUCACAUAAUGUAUGGAUUGAAACUGGUCCCGCCGAUCAUAUUAGCAUGAUAGCAGCUGGCUGGCAGGUUUUUCCGCAACUCUAUGGUGAUACUAGUUCUCGAUUGUUCAUAUAUUGGACGGGCGAUGGCUACCGUAAUGGAUGCUACAACACAUUAUGUCCAGGUUUUGUCCAAGUUGACAGGAGAAUAACCACCGGUCUUCCCUUUAGUCAUUCUUCUACAUAUGGUGGAGAUCAAUAUGAGUUUUCAAUCCUUAUACAGCAGUUGAGGCAGAAAACUCAUCAGCAGUUCUUUCUGUCUAACCAGGACCGAGCAACCGGAAAUUGGUGGUUAGUAGUCGUCAGCGAUCCACCGGUUAAAGUGGGUUACUGGCCCAACGAGUUGUUCUUGUAUCUACGCAAUGGUUCACGGCAUACAGCUUGGGGAGGAGUUGGCCUUGCCGGAGGCGAUGGAGUCUGUCCGCCGAUGGGAAGUGGCCACAUGCCCGGUCGUGACUUUAAACAUGCCGCAUACUUUCGACAGCUUUUUUGGAUUAAUGGGCAUGGUGACUAUUCAUAUCUUCCUGGUUCAAAGGACAUGAGAGAGUGGGUGGAUAAGUCCAAGGUUUAUGGUCUGAAGAACCGUCAAUAUGUCGGACAAGAGAUGGACUACAUGAUCAGCUAUGGAGGUCCCGGAGGUUACUGCAGAGGAUAG